AACCAGUUUGUCUCCGUAAGCCACAAACAGCGACUGCAAGCUGUUCUAUCGCAUCGACCGGUCGCCAAGUGGAUGUGCUAAUCUAGUUCAGUGUACGCGAAGAAAAUUAGUUAGUGCAAAGUGCUUGAAGUGAAGUCCUCGUCCGACCGUCCGUUCGCCCGUCCUCGUCCACCAGGAUGGAUGUCCUGCUCAGAUACCGUAGAAUGGCGUUCCCAAAAAGAUAUGCAGAAUUCGUCGCACUGAUUGCAAUCUCGUGCACCUUGUUCCUGUUCCUGCACACCCAGAGCCUGACGUCCCGGCUCCGUGAGAUGGAAGAUAAAUUGCAACCAUCGUCAUUAAUGUCAGGCAGCGGUUUAAGUGGUAAUUCAAUUAGUCAAGCCGCCACGGGGACCGCCAACCAUCAUCUUCAGCACCGGCCGGGUGAAAGUAAUCUUCACCACACGUACAACUACCUGAAAAGUACCGGACAGAUGCAAACCCUGAGUGCCCGUGACCUGAACAACACUCGCCGAUCCGAAGUACCGAUAAUUUUUUUCAACCGGGUUCCGAAAGUGGGCAGCCAGACGUUCAUGGAGUUGCUGCGCCGGCUAUCGAUCCGCAACGACUACACCUUCCAUCGGGAUGUCGUGCAACGGUUGGAGGUUAUUCGUCUCUCUCCCGACCGUCAGCAGGAGCUGGCCGAAAUGGUUACCGACCUACCGAUGCCAUCGGUUUACGUCAAGCACGUGUGCUACACUAAUUUCACCCGUUUUGGUCUACCGAUGCCGAUCUACGUGAACAUGGUUCGUGAUCCGGUGGAGCGUAUCAUCAGCUGGUACUACUAUGUUCGUGCUCCCUGGUACUUUGUUGAACGAAAGCAGGCUUUCCCCGAUCUUCCUCUACCAGAUCCUCGCUGGUUGAAGAAGGAUUUCGAAACUUGUGUUCUGCAGGGUGAUCCGGAAUGUACCUACGCUCAAGGUGCCAUCCACGAAGGGAUCGGAGACCAUCGUCGACAGUCACUAUUCUUUUGCGGUCAUGAUGAACAGUGCCUACCAUUCAAUAGCCCUGGAGCUCUGGAACGCGCUAAGUACGCCGUCGAGAGCCAGUACUCCGUCGUAGGUGUACUGGAAGAUUUUAACACUACGUUGGCCGUGCUUGAACGAUAUAUUCCCAGAUUUUUCUCCGGUGCGACUUCGGUUUAUUUCAAUGAGGUCAACCUGCUGCAGAAAAUCAACAAAAAUAAUUUCAAACCUCCGGUUAGUGACGAAAUCAAGGAACUGGUCCGACGAAACUUUACCCGAGAAAUCGAAUUCUAUCAGUUCUGUAAACAGCGGCUAUACAAACAAUAUCUUGCGACGCAGCUACCACACAAAUGAAUGCUAACCCGUUCGCUGUGACAGUUGAACAGCUUCCCUAUAAAGGAAAGAUACUCACCCCUUGCUGAAAUCACCCACAGCAGGUGGAAACGGAGCGCAAAUGGGAAGCAAACUUAAAGUUCCACCAUUGCAAAACAUGUCUUCAUUUCAUUAAGCAACUACAAAAAAAACGCGUAGCCGCAUCCUUAUUUAUACAAAUCACGCACGCAUAUCGCAUACAGUUCAUAUUCGAGUGUAAGUAAGUUAUCGAAACCAUCGUAGAUCGUAGGAUGUUUUUAAAUGCAACCAUACAAACAAAUAAACAAAAAAAGUUAAACUUUGAAUGUGAUAGGGACAAUUGAAGAAAUUAAAAGUGUACAUUACAUAUUUCGGAUAUUUCCAUACGCGAAUGGUUGGUGAGGAAUACAAAAAAAAUUCAGCAAAACAUAUCACCAUCAACACACAUCGUUGCGCUGAUUAGCCAGCGGAUUGUAUUAGAAUCCUAGUAGAUUACUAGCCUGUAGACUUACUGUAGAAAGUAUUAAAUAAAGCCUAACU